AUGAUUAAAUUUGAAGAAAAAUUUGAUAAUCAAAUGCAAAUAUGGAAUAAAAUCAUUAGCGAUUGCAUCGCAAAUAGCAUUGCCACCGCGGUAAAUACAGCCCUAAAGGGCGAGCUAUCAUCAUCAGAACUUAAUGAUAAUGUGUUGAAACUUAACAUGGAUACUAUCAACCUUAAUAAAUUAUUGCACGAAGUUAACACCCGACUGUACAAAAUAGAGAAAUCACUUAGCUUCUCAAAUGGACGACAGGACUUAUUUGACAGUCGAGUGAAAACUGUAGAACAGAGUAUAUCACAAUAUAAUGGCUUUAAAACUCAAAUACAAUUACUUGAGAACAAAAUACAUACCAUGGAGCAGCAAGCAAGACAGUGCAAUGUCGAAAGAGCUAAUAUCCCCGACAGGCGAGGUGAGAAUCUAAUCAGCAUAAUGGAGUGUUUGGGCGAUGCUAUUAAGCAUCCUUUACAAUCAUCCGAAAUAAAAGCCGUUCAUCGUGUACCUCAUGCUGACAAAAAUGAUCGACGUCCGAAGAAUGUUAAAGUUCGCAAACAGGACACUGCGCGACAAUGUGAUUGCCGCUACAAAAGAGUUAAAUUCCACACCAUUGUCCAUAUUCCAAAUAGUGUUCACUAUGACGGAACAGAGGCGGAUAGUCCUGAGAGCAUUUGUAACCUGUUUUCUUCCUUCUUUCAUUCAGUUUUCCAGCCUACUAAUGUAUCUCACUCCUUCUGUAUUGACCAUAUAGACGAUAUAGACAAUGGUAUGUUCAAUAACACCAUUAUUAGUGACAUACAGCUAUCAGAAGCAGAUGUCUUAAAGGAACUAAAGGCUUUUGGGCAGGCCUUGAUAACAUUCCCCCUAUUUUCAUUAAAAAUACUGCCGUAA